AUGUCAACAGAACCCGAGCGCUUCUUCCCUUUCCACUCCUCCCACCUCUCCUCUGUCUCUUCCGUCACCUGGCUGCAACCGCGCCAGCCACAGAGAGCAUGGAUUGCGCGUUUCCUUCCCAACGCGCGGCGCCCGCUAUCGCAGGUCCUGCUGGCGCAAAUACCAGCUCCGCCCUUCUCCGCGAGCCCAGCAGCAGCAUCCAUGGGCGUGGUCCCGGGGAGUCGCUUGCGCCGAGAGAGCGGCAGAGGCAGGGGCACGAGCGUCGACACGAGAAUAGGUACGGAGGGCGGCAGCGGGAGGUGGCGGAGAGGGAGUGAGAGCAGCGCGAGUGUGGAGUUCGCAGGUGGCCCUCAUGUGGGCGCCAUGAUUUCCCCGCGGGGCAGCAGCUCUGCUAGCACGAGCACGAACACGGGCAGGGGCAGCAGCGCGCAUGUGAGCCACCUGGACGCCGCUCUCAUUGGCCCCACUGCUGCUGCGGCGUUCACUGCUGAUGUUCAUGCCAUGGCCUGGCCUGCUGCCCUGCGCAACCCCGGGCUUGCUGUGCAUGGUGGCGCUGGUGCUGGUGAGGGGGGGGGCGGGAAGAGCGAUGCUGGCUCGUCUAUUGCUGCUGCUUCUGCUGCCCAGCUACCCUCCAACACCACUGGACCCACCACCGCAAGUGGCAGCAAGAGUAAUAGCAGUGUUGCUGUUAACAGCGGGGUUCGCAACAGAGGCAGCAGCGGCAGGGGCGGCGGUCAAAGGCCCAGCAGUCGCAGGCCGACGGCUCAGAUCCGCAUCGACUGCAUUCCACCGGACACGUCCGCGGAGACAGUGGCGACGUUUGUGCGAGACACACUGGGCGUGAUUGUGGACCGUGUGAAGAUCAAGGGGUACACCCGCAUCCGCGCCCUGCCCGCUGGCAGAGCCACAGCAAGCGCAGCCAGCACAGGGGGGGCAGCAGGCGCAGGGGAGAGAGCAGUGGUGGGGGGGACGCGGUACCGGGAGGAGUGGGUGUCGGCAGGGUAUGGAUACGCAGACUUCCUCACAGCAGAGGUGGCGGAGUUUGUGAUGGCGAGGGAGGAGGCGCUGGUGCUGAAAGGGCAGCAGCUGGCACUGCAGUGCACCAUGGAGCAGCGCCGCGAGCCUGAGGGGCUGCUCUCCCACGCCAAUGUGCACUUCGGCUCCAUCCACCAGCCCGGCCAGCUGGCGCUGACGUGGCGCUCCAAGCCCGAGAGCUGCCGCGUGGAGUUUGACUUUCUGGAGAGGCGCGUGUGGGUGGUGGUGCAGGCAAAGGCGGGUGAGCGGGGGAGGGGUGGUGCAGGGUGGGGAGGCCGCGCGGCAGGAGAGGGGGGUGCAAGGGAGGAUGCAGGUGCAGCGCUCUGUGGUGGCUCCCUGGCGUCCAUCCCCCUGGCGUUCCAGCGAGUGGAGUACAAGCUGGAGUGGCGCAUGCGGGACGUGCGCCUGUGGGGCACCAAGGACGGCACCCCCCCCGACACAGACGGGCCCGGCCUCACCUCCUCGCUGCUGCUGCUGCUCUUUGUGCCGCCUGCCGUGUUCUCACGUGCGUGUGACGACGACGUGUGGCAGCUGGAGCCCGACAGAUGGUUCCCUGAUGAUGGCGACCCGUGGACCCGAACCACUGACGAGCACUUCCUCCCCGCGGGGGCGAGGGCGGGCGCUUGUACAAGCGCAGAAGCAGGCGCGUGUGUGGGCGUUGGGGAUGAUGGAAGGGGAGGUGCUGGUGCGGGGCGGUGGGACAGUGGGCCUGGUAGCGGUGGAGGCCGUGGCGUGAGUGGGUGGAAGGGGCGGGUGUGGAGUGGAGGGGUGUUGGGAGCGACGUCGGUGAUGCAGGUGUCAGUGUCGGUGCGGCAUGGCAUCCAUGUGAGGCGCAUAGCAGAGCACAUGCGCACUGCAUCGCUGCACCUCAGAGCACGCUACCUGGGAGAUCCACCGUGCGUCGCCAUCACCGCCCACUAUGCUGCCGCCCCGCCCAUCCACCUCACCCUCUUCAUCUCCCUCGACCCGUCCUGGCUCCCCAAUACCACCCAAGGCACCGUCCCCCCCACUGCUGUGACUGCCUCCCUGUACCGCACUCUGGCGUACGAGCCUGUGCCCGCUGCCGUGGCGGUGCUGAUCGAGUUCCUCCGCUUCUCCCGCCCUGAAUUCGACCCCGCCAGGAAGUUCUGCCAGAUCGCCCGCGCCAUGCGCCACCACGGCAGGCUGCAGACGCGGGGAGGCACCGAUACGGGGCGAGCCAAGGAACCAGAAGGGACGCGUGAGCACCAGAGUGAGAGGGGAGCAGAGCAGCAAGGGUCAGUUGUGGGAGAGUUGGAACUGCAGCCGCAGUCGCAGCAGGAACAACGAGACACGGAGGAGAAGGCAGGGGAAGCGAGCGAAGGGGAGAGCAGCACGUGGCCGUGGAGGCUACCAGCGAACCACGUGGUGGUGUUCCGGCUGCUCAUCACACCGCUGGGCGCGCAGUGCUGCAUGCCGGGCGUGGAGCUGACCAACCGCGUGCUCACGCACUACUGCCCCCACGCGCACCGCUUCCUGCGCGUCACCUUCACGGACGAGGGCCUAAAGACCCUGUCACCCUUCGCCCUCAGAGAUGCUGCUGGGCGCCGCGAGGGUGUUGCUGCGCACACCGACGUGUACCGCCGCAUUCUCAGCCUCGUGGAAGAGGGUUUUAGCCUGUGUGGGCGGCACUACCGCUUCCUGGCGUCGUCAGCAUCGCAGCUGAGGGAGAAGUCAGCGUGGUUCCUGGCAGAGGAUGAUGCGCUCAGCCUCACCGUUGCCUCCGUGCAGCACCGUGCCUUCUCCUUCCCACAUUGCCACCACGAGCGCACCCCUCUCUCUGCCUUUCACCCGCGUGUCUCUUCUCUGAAUCUCCCUCACCACCUGCUUUCUCUCUGCAUGUGGGUGCAUGCUUGUGGAUGCUGGUGUGAGUGGGUUUCUGUGGCGAACCGGUGUGGGCGAGAGGGGGGGUGGGGGAGUGAGAGGGGGGAGCAACACCACCAGGCGUGGAUGGGCACCUUCUCCGCCAUCCGCAACGUGGCCAAGUGUGCGGCACGCAUGGGGCAGUGCUUCUCUGCACGCUUCACCUCGCUGCCCCUCCCCCGUGCCCACGUGCGCAUGAUCCCCGAUGUCACGCGCGGCAACUUGUGCUUCACGGACGGAGUGGGUGCCGUGUCUCCAGAGGCGGGCAAGGCCCUGGCAGAUGCCAUUGCUCCUUACCUUGACAGGCCCGUGGGUGCUGGGUGGAGCGACGCUGAUUCACGCUUCUUUAGCACUGUCUCCCGCUUCCCUCCCUGCCCGCAUCCUCCUCAUCAAAGCACUGCUCCCCGCCUUUCUCCGCUUCCCCUUAUCUCUGCGCCUACUUCUCCUUUAGGGACUUCCGGCCCACAGCUCUGUGAGCGUUUGCGCUGCAGAGAGCGCUCACGAGGGGGCGGGGAAUGGGGACUGCUGAUGGGGCUGGCGGAGGCUAUAGAGGAUGUGUUUGGUGUUGAAGAUGGCGGGGCGGUGGUACGGUGGAUAUAUCGCCAACCCCACAGCUAUGAUGCACCUGUUCCUCCUACUCCAUCCCCGCACCUGCUUCUCCCACGCCAUCUUCUGCCCCACGGACUCCCCCAUACCCACGGCACGGGCGCACUGCUCACCCAAGAAGAGGUUGCUGCCAUGGCAGAGCUGCACGGGAGGCUGCAGGCGAAGCUGGGUGAGGCCCGGCUGCUGGGUUCCCCGUGGCGGUUUUUGAGGAUGGCCGGGCAGAGGGAGGAGGAGGUGCGUCCGAAGCGCAGACUUGCACGCAAGGGGGAAAGAGGGGACGACAAUCGAUGUGCGAGUGGAUUGGUCCGACAAAAACCUUGCUGCAGCAUCAGUCCCUGUCGCGUGCCCACGGCACCCACUUCGCUCCCCGUCCUGCUCUAUUCGUGCAACGCCUUGAGCCCUGCAGCACCCGUGCCCGCCUUCUACUCCUUCUUGGGCCCGUGCCUGGGCGACGCAAGCGCCGCGGGCAGCGCAGGUAGACUGGCGGCGGGUGCAGUGGAGCAGCAGGGUGAAGCCCGUUGCCUCAGCCUCUCCUCCGCACGCCUCGCACUAGCAGCAUUAGCUCCUCUUUUGCGCGCCUCCCCUACACUACUGCCCCUGGGAGACGACUCGAGGGCAGCAUGGGCAGGAGAAUGGGAGGGAGGGGAGAGGGAAGAGGGGGGGGAGAGGGAAGAGGGGGGGGAGAAGGUGGGGGAGAAGGGGCGGGAGGGAGCAUGA